AUGACUGGCUGUGACGUCACGAGCUACAUGCGCAGAGCCAGUCGAUGCCGAACUUCCGCGCAGGUAAGACGUUCGCUGCGAGGAGAGGAGCUGCUGAAUAGGCCUACAUUGACCAUAGGCUGGGUUUUCCGCUGGUGGAGACCACCGACUCACAGACCACCGACUCACAGACCACUGACUCUAAGACCACCGACUCACAGACCACUGACUCUAAGACCACCGACUCACAGACCACUGACUCUAAGACCACCGACUCACAGACCACCGACUCACAGACCACCGACUCUAAGACCACCGACUCUUAGACCACCGACUCUAAGACCACCGACUCUAAGACCACCGACUCUAAGACCACCGACUCGCAGACCACCGACUCACAGACCACCGACUCACAGACCACCGACUCACAGACCACCGACUCUAAGACCACCGACUCUUAGACCACCGACUCUAAGACCACCGACUCUAAGACCACCGACUCUAAGACCACCGACUCUAAGACCACCGACUCUAAGACCACCGACUCGCAGACCACCGACUCACAGACCACCGACUCACAGACCACCGACUCUAAGACCACCGACUCUUAGACCACCGACUCUAAGACCACCGACUCUAAGACCACCGACUCUAAGACCACCGACUCUAAGACCACCGACUCACAGACCACCGACUCACAGACCACCGACUCUAAGACCACCGACUCUUAGACCACCGACUCUAAGACCACCGACUCACAGACCACCGACUCUAAGACCACCGACUCUAAGACCACCGACUCACAGACCACCGACUCACAGACCACCGACUCGCAGACCACCGACUCGCAGACCACCGACUCACAGACCACCGACUCGCAGACCACCGACUCACAGACCACCGACUCACAGACCACCGACUCACUAUAACUCAUAA